UAUAUAUAUACAUAUACACAUUUAGAAUACGCGUAGAAGUUAUAGCCAAAACCAUCUUGCUGUUGGAUAUGCUUACAAGCUUGUUAUGAUACGUCGCGUGUCGUUCGUCUGCAGUGGAGAAAAGAAAGUAACAAAGGGGACGCACAUGAUGAGAAGCGCGGGGAUUUUGCUUGGAUACUUUUGGAUGAAAGUUCUUGUGUGCAACGCAGAGGGGGAGCCUGGGCAGAAGUUGAAUGGUUUUAUUAUGGUACCAACGGGUACAAACGAUUCAAAAGAGAAUGGAGAGAAUAUAAUUUCGGAGGGACCGCAUACAAAGGACAACUGCUGGGGUUAUUUCGAUGUGAUGGGCCAGUGGGAUCCGCCGUUUGUGUGUCAGACCGGCAGUUAUCUAUACUGCUGCGGAACCUGUGGCUUCAGAUUUUGCUGUGAGUUUACAAGCUCGCGACUGGACCAGACCACCUGCAAAAACUACGAUUCCUCGCGGUGGGUGAUGACACGCAAACCGCCGUCUAAGAAAAACGACCCCUCUCACGACCCCACAAAGGAUAAGACAAACUUAAUCGUAUAUAUAAUAUGCGGAGUUGUGGCCAUAAUGGCCCUUGUUGGAAUAUUCACAAAACUUGGACUUGAAAAGGCGCACCGUCCACACAGAGAAAACAUGUCGAGGGCACUAGCACAGGUGAUGCGCCCGCCGGGUCCAGGAGAACCCUCAGAAGACAUCAGCGUGCACGGACAGCACUAUGAGAACAUGCAAGCCAACAGGGUACCUGCCAACAGUGUCCAGGCUAACCAGAUGAAUAGUGUGGGUCCAGGUUCUUCACUAAUGCAAGGCUUGGGGUCUCCAACCCAACCCUACCCCUCCCUGGGACAAAUUCCUAGCCCCUAUGAGCAACAGCAACCUGGGAUAGAGCUCAACAAGUAUGCCUCACUCAAGGCUGUAGCUGAUAAGGAUAAUGAAAACUUCUACGCCAACCGGCGGCACAUGGUAGAGAUGGCAGCCAAGGGCGGGCUCCCUAUGAACCCGAUUCAUCGCAUGGAGCAGGAGCCCAGCAACCCCUACAGCCCUCCUUUACAGUCCUCCCUGAAGCAGAACGGACACAAGUCCAAGAGCACCAAGGGCCACAGCAGUCACAGUAGCAGCUCCCACGCCCUGUCCUAUGGCUCCAACACCAUCACCAACCCAGGGAUGCUGAAGAACUGGGAUGGCACAGAAACGGUGGGCCGCCGGCAGAGCCAUGGCACUAAAAAACACUGCACGAUAGAGCAGGUGAAUGAGAUGCAUGGCACCUCGCGCGGUCAGCACUACAUGCCCACUCAGCCCUACUUUGUUACCAACAGCAAGACAGAAGUGACUGUCUGAUCUGAGAGCCCGUCACAUCACAACCACUACAGCCCCAGCUGCAAGAAAUAAUUAGAAGAGAAUAUACGAGAGAGAGAGAGAGAUGGGGUCAGCAUGCUGUAGAGGCUGAAGUAGGACAGCGAUCCUGGAUUGAGGGGUCCUUGUAUGUGUCUAUUAAUGCGUGUGACUGACUGCAUGUUACAGGCGUGUUUGGGAAACCUACCAAUGCUGAAAAGUGAUCAAGAUAACAUAUGGCAAACCGUCAUAGGUCUGUUUGUGUCAUCACGGUACUGAUGAUUAUAUUGCAACUAAUACAACCUAAUCAUAUACUGUAAAUCAGACAUAUAAUGUGAAUGAGCAGAGCAUAGCAAUGAUGGGUCUCAGAUGAAUGGAUAAUCCAAGAACCUUGAGCCAUGCAUUGGAAGGCACUGGGACUAUACAAAUGCCUGUUCAAAAACAGACUUCUACUAUUGUCCGUAUUUACUAAAAUCUCAAAGGGCCUGAAAAUGUGUGUCAAAUGUGUGCCACUGAAUCCACCUUAGAUUAGUCAAUAGGUUUAGAUCUAGCCCAGGGGUUGGCAAUAGGUAUGACUAAAAAGCACCAUCCAGAUUCAGUGGAGGGCCAGACAGAUUGCUUUUUCCAUCCAGUAUCUUGUGAGCAAUAGAAAUGGCAGUUAUUUGUACAUAUUUUUUUUUAAUCUAGUUUUAGAUGUUUAAAGUAAUUGCCCAGGUUUUCUAUAUUUCUAUAUGACCUACAAAUACUUAUAAGUAUGUAAAUGGUCAUUAAAUAUGUUACAAAGCAUACACCAACAACAAAUUGGUAUAAAAAAUACUAAUAUGAAUAGCUAGCUGAUUGGCUAGCUCAUUGUCCCCUAGAUUGCUAAUUGGCCAGUUAGUCAUCCUCAUUAAUUUGUAUCUUAUUUAUCUUGGGGUUGUAAGUAUUUUUUACUCCAAUAUAGGCUCUGUCCACUUAUGAGUAUAGGACAAGGAAUUAACAGCAGUAUUUAUGUAUGAGUUAACAGAAUGUUCACUUUUAAAAGUGACAUUUUCACUGGGCAGUUACUUUAAAAGUGGCCUGAAGUGUGUGAUUUUCUUUUGCUUUUGCAGGUCAAAUUAAUUUGGCCACCCCUGAUUUAGGAGUAGAGAAGAUAAAGAAUAGAGGUACAUUCACACUCAGCAAUGAUUGAACGUUUCUUCAGAUGUUUUGUAAUAUACUGUUGGGAAACAUAUUUGUAAUACUCAUGCACUUCGGCUUACAAUUACAUAAUAUACAGCCAUAUCAAUAAGGAAGCAGUGGCCAUUUCAAAGUGUCACGCAUAUAUAAUAUACUCUUUCAGAGCCCACAGAGAAUGCUGUAGCCAAAACCUCAUACGUAUCCUCUACGCUCGCUGUUAAGAAUUCCUAAUCUCGUCUCCAGGCUAAUUUGUACAGCACUGCAUAUGAGACUGAGACAUCAAUGAUUCAAAGCCGGCCUUUGUAGGAGUGACCAUAGCAUUUUAUGGGAGUGAUGAGUGACCUUACUGAAAACAUUAUUUGUCAUCAUUUAAUUUGUACAAGUCACAGAACUAAUGCCUAUAGAAGACAGUUAGUGGAAAGAUGCCGCAGGAGAUGAUUUUCUGGUAGUUUAAGCCAAUUAAGCCAAUGCCUAAGAGCUGCGAGUUUCUACUAGUCUUUCUGUUUGCUAACAAAGGCCAAGUUUGACACAUUGGUCUACCAGACUCUUUGCAGAUUUGGGCGGAAGUGUCUGGGAACAAGAUUAGGGAUGUUUCUUUCUCUCACAGAUUCAAUAGUAUUCAAAUCUUUGAGCUUGUCUUAUAAACCAGUGUGUGUGGAAUAAAACAUUGAUAAAAUGUCUCCAUCAUGCUAACAUUUCAACAGCUGUCAGUUAAAAAUAAUGAUUAAUAUCAUUUAGCUGUGUUUGUUUCCAUUCAACAAUGCUUUAAGUGUUUCAAUAUACCUUGGUACCUUAGAACAAUGUAAUAGAAAUUGCAGAAGGAAUGGUGUCCUUUCCAUACAUGUAACAGCAAUGCCAAUAAAGGAGUGGAUAUAUUGCCUAUAUAUCAUCAGCAGCAAAUGUAUUUGCUUUGGAAAAAUAUUAGGGAGAUCCUUACCCAACCUCCAUCAAUACCAACAAAGUGUUGAAAAAACUACUGAGGGUUCCUUUGUGAGUAAAUUUAGAGUGGAUUUAUUAAGUUUAGUAAGACCUAAAUAAAGACAGAGGGACCUCCCUCUGAAAGGUCAAUCACAUCGCAUGCCCAAAUCACACUUCAAGUAUCUGUAAAAGAGAAAUUGCUAUACAUUAUGUACUAAAACAUGUUAUUUAAUUCAUAUUUUUGAAACACCUUUUCCGACGGUUGCAACCACUUAAUAAAAUUUACUGUACUUAUUUACAAAUAAAAUGUGUUCACUUUGAAUGGCUGGAGUAGACUGCUAAAAAAUUCUGAGAGUACUAAUGCCUCUAUUUUCCAGUGGGCUUGUGGUGCGUCAUCAGAUGAAAAAUAGCUUUUUUUUCCUCCCAAAGCUCCAUUCUGCGAAGCCCACAUGAGCAGCACCGUGCAUUAGCACAUUGUGAUGCAUGACACGCUUACAAAUAAAUGCAUUUUAAAUAAAGGGCUUCUGAUGCAA